AAUUCCAAUCGGAUGAAUCAGGGCCUGAAAUUCUUGAAGCGACAACACAUUUCAUGCAGUGAUAGGAAAAAUUACGCUUCGAUGAUGAAAAAAAAACAUGCAUGAUCAUGAAAUUCUUCAGUAUUUAAAACACCAUCAUUUUGUAGAGAAAAUAUAUAAAAUGGAAGAGCAACAAGGGAUUGCUAUAAAUAGAAACGCAUCAGCCUUAUUGUCUUCAGGCGACAUCGAUCGAUUGAAAAAGAACGUCAUUUCUGGAACUCAGGACUAACUCAGGAAAGUAAAUUUAAAUCAAGCAUUAAAAUGGUCUCUUGGUAUUUUUUCAAUUGCCUAUUAGCAGUGCAUCUGUGUGUUUUGUGUUGCUAUAUGGCUAUGCUGGUAUUUCACUACGCAAAAAAGAAGAAAAAAACCAAGCGUGAACGAAUGCCACGAAAGAUCAAGACAUCCUGGCAGAAAAUGAUGCCGAACGGAAGAAAGUUGCAUAAAACCGUACAAAAAAUAUGGUCAAAUCAUUGCCCAUUUGCCGAUUUGCAUUGCAAUGUUGGCUCAUUUUCUUUGGCUAAUUCAACGAGUUGCCGAUAAUGCAUGGAUGGAUGGAUGGAUGGAUGGAGGAGAAACUCAGAAUUAAACUAUAGUGAUCGAUAAUGUGUGAGCAGGCGUGCAUAACAGCAAACAUUAUAAUAAAAUCGAACAAACAACAAAUUUCCAUUGGAAUUUUCAAAAAAGGAAACCAAACACCAAUUUCACCGCUGAAACCGGCCACAUGCACGAUCACCACAAUUGAAUGGGAUCAUCCAGCAAAAAAGAAAAGCAAAUGCGCUACACACUUAAUUGGCAAAAAAAGAUAACUCUUUUCCACUGAUAGAAAAAGUAACAGGUAUUCAUAAGUGCGACGCACGCAUACCGCAAUCGAGAAGCCAAGAACAAGUGAACACAUACACACGAUCUCUGUGUUAUACACCAUCGCUGGUAGCAGACGCGGUGCGGCAAGUGUGUGCAAUGUGGUCGUCGAAAGUAAUUCUCUUCUCCUUUAUUACCGAUUCCUCAGCUACUCUUCUUUCUCCCAUUAUUAUCAACGCAUACGCUGCCAUAAACACACACACACUCACACGCAUCCGUAUUCUGAACGCAGUCGUCGUACGCUCAACUUUAGCUGGCAAUACGCCAGCAUAUACAUGGCCAUUGACCAUAACCCACACAAACACAUACGCAUGCGCGCGCACCGACCGAAGCAAACAAGACAAGACAAGAUUUAGUCAUCAACGAACCAUCAAACUUCAACGAUCGCAAAAAUUUUCGAAUUACCAAAGAAAUGGAAUACAAACAACUGUGUAAGAUGUGUGACACCGAAAAAUCCUGCUGCCCAAAGUGCCAUCCAUACAUCGCUGGAUGCAUUGUGGUUGUGAUUUUCUUAUUUUCUGCUUAUCAUGCGAAUGACAUCAAACACUUUGUAACAUCAUUUUUCCAAAUAAAUUCCAAUGCAUCUGAAUCACCUGCGAGCGGCCAUCCGGAAUUCGGCACCGUCGCUGCAGCUAUGAUUGACAAUACAACCACGGCCAAUAGCGUUCAAUUGCAACAAAUGCCAAUUUUAUUGCUGACCCUAACAAUAUUGCCGAAUAUUUUAGUAUGAAUUAUGUUUAAGACAUCAGAAAAAAUUUCACUUUGAUAUGAUAAGACUACCAAAAUAUCCUCAUCAUUUUAGUACUUAUUUAAACAACGAAAAGAGAAAAAAAUAUGUUCCCAUAGCAUAGGUAGCAAAUUAUUUUGUUGACUCAAGUUUGUACGUGUUUUAUAUUUAUUAAAUGAAAUAUUUUUUAUAAGAUUGUGUGUGUUCGUAUAUGAUAAACAAAGCGGAGAGAUAAGAUAUAUUGUACUGAAUGUAGAAUAAAAUAAACGAGACAUUUUUUUUAUAUGCGGAAAAAAAACACAAACGUUUGAUUUUUAUUUGCAUAAAUAAUGCGAUUUCAGUUCAUAAGAAUAUUCCGUCGUUUAUUCUUCAGACACUUGACGCAUUUCAAUAUUUCGGUUUUAUUGUUUUCAUUUUGCUCGUUUCAUUCUGGUGUUCUCUCCGGAUCUGCUGCAUAUAGAACAUGUAUGUGCGUGCAUAUAGUUUGCACUUCGGCACUGGUUUUAUUUCAUUUCGUGUUUGACCGUCAAACGCAUCGCAUCUCUCGUCGUGUCAUUCAUUUAUGGCCAAAUCGCAUAUUGCUUUUGUAGCCGAAUCGAAAAAGCCGCAAAACCCGUUUCUCUCAAUGGCCAACCGUAUCAAUUCACAGCUGAGCGAAUUAACAACGAUAUCGUCGUCGUUGUCUUCGUCGAACGAUUUUUGCGCGAAACUGGCGAAAUGCGACCAUGUAAACAUAGCGUACGUAUUUUUGGUGCUGUUUCUCAUCGCAUUCAUUUGUCAACAUUCGUGGAAGCGAUGGAUUGCUCGACAAACCGAAAUCGUCAUUCAAACGUUAACCGUAAAACUAGGUGCGCAUAAUUGUUAAGUAAGUUAAAUCUCUCCCUCUCUCAGAAUACGAAAGAAGAUGUACGCGUUGCUUGUUGUUAAUCCGUUGUGUUGGUGUUCAUAGUAGUAGUAGUACGUUGUCGUUGUCGUUGUCGUUGUCGUUCAAGUCGAUUAGAUGGGUUUAUUUUCUCUUUCUCCGUUUUGGCAUUGAUUCGGUGCGAUCGGAUUAAAAAUGCAUUUCAAAUGCCAAACAACGAUCCGUAAGUAUGUCUAUCGGAGCAACAAGUAACAGGCGAACAUGAGCACAAAGCUGAGUGUUUCUUGAACCGAGUAAGUAGCAGUCGAUCGCUGAACCAAGAUCCAUACACAGAAGAAGAAUGAGUAAAGAGAAAAGCGAAUCAAAACAUUAACACACACUCAUCACGCCAUCUAUCAAUGGGCUUUGUGAUCUGCAGUGAAAAUCAUCUGGUCACAUCAUAAACAAAAAUAAUCUCAAAUCAACAUAGUCGACCGUGUUUAUUCAUUGUGUCCGUAGGCUUUGACAUUUAUACACGAAGUUUUGCAGCGACAGUAAAAAUGAGCGGUCGAGCAGUUUUGGGUGCAUUUGUUUUGCUAGCAGUGAUUGUGAUAGUGAUCAUGAUUUUUCGAAGCGAUGAUGAUACGCCAAUGGAACAACCAAAAGUGAAUAUUUGUCGACAAAAGGAAGAGCCAUCGUACAAGGAAUACUUGGUCGAAAAUAAUUUAAAUGACCUGCAAUUGAAUGAUAAUUUCACUGACAUCGAUAUCGUGUCGCAGAAUGUGGUGGUUCGUGCGCACAAAGUGAUUUUAGCGGCGCAUUCUGCAUAUUUCGAUUCGAUGAUUUGGUUAAGUAACAAAACGGAUGCAAAUGAUAGAGAUAGCAAAGAUCGCCUUGAUUUGCCAUUCGUUGAUCACAAAACCGUUUCGCACGCGCUGAAUUUCAUCUAUACUGGUUCAUUGCCCAUCGAACUAUUCAACAACGAAGACGAAUAUAGCAAUUUAUUGCGAGCGGCAACCGAAUUUCAAUUGGAUUGGCUAAAAUGUGAGAUGUCAAAGCGUUUGAGCAUACGGAUUAAUAUAAAAAAUGCCGGAUCGUUGGUUGUGCUGGCCGAUGAGACCGAUUCCCGAUUCCUGAUGACCCUCGCAUCACAUUUUCUACUCGAACAUUUCCAUGAGAUUAGCAAAACAAAGGAGUGGCAACAGUUGGUCAACAAUCAUGCAAACGUUUUAGCAAAUGCGAUUGAUUUUCAAGGUAAACUACCUGCAAAUGUGAACUGCGAUAUUCAAUGUCAACCGUCAACAGUGGCAACGCCAUCCGGUUUCAAGAGAUUGCGUCGAUUCUUUAUCACCCAACGCUAUGCUGAUGCCGAAGUGCAUGUCGAUAGCGGAACCGGUAAUGGGAAAAAAGUGUUUCACGUUAAUCGUGCCGUUCUAAUUGCUCAAAGUCCAGUAUUCCGGCAACAAUUUGCCGACUCACCAAAUGUGAUACAAAUGCUCAACACCAGCACUGACGCAUCCGAAGACUUUCUCAUUUUCAUGUACAGUAGCUGGCCAGCUCAAUUGAAAAAAUUAACCGAACCUCUACUAUAUUUAAGUGAUAGAUAUCAAAUGGUUGCCCUAAAAAAAGCAUGCGAAGAUGUCAUCAUAAAUGGUAUGACCGUUGAAAAUGCAGCGAACAUCGUUCAAAUUGCCGACAAAGCCAACUCAAAGCGAUUAUCAUCGGUCGUAUUGGAUUUCAUAUUAAAGCAUCGCAACCAAGUAGUGGCGACAAAAGCCUGGGCCGAAUUAAAAGAGAAAAAUCCAGAAUUACUAGCCAAAAUAUUUUUUAAUUUACAUUAAUUAAGGGAUUAAUUAGCUGUCGUCGUCCAAUCAACAAGUUAAUGUAGAAGUCAGGCCAAUAGGAUCUAUUGGUCCAAUUUUUUUUUCGAGGGAUACAUAUUUUCUUUAUAUAUAAAAUACGAUUAACAAUUUUAACAAAUGAAUGGAUUAGCAUUUUUAUUUUCAUGACUUUCAAUUGAAAUCAACCGCUCUUGUCUUUGUGUUGCAUUUUUAUUUGACAGAUUCACUUGAUUGUGUCAAACGCAAUGGGUGAACAUAACCUAAAACAACAUUGACCAUCUGCACGGUGGUGUUAGUUUGAACCGGUGAAGCGAAUAGUGUUGAUACUUUGUUUGUGAGUGCAGCUGCUUCGUCAGAUUCGAAUAAAAAUCCAUUUGGCUUGAAUUAAUAGUUCAUCGGACAAAAUGCAGGCCGAAAAUGUCGGUUCACAAUGGGAUAUCAUGAUGAAUGUGCUGAUUGACAGCGGAAAAUAUGUGGAUAAACAAGUGUUUCGCUUUUCGGGAGAAUUAUCAACAAUCGAUUUCUUGAACCAAAAUUCAACACUCAGCGAUAGCCUACGUCGAUGGAUUACAAAAUUGAAUGAAACACGCACACGCUCCGUCAAUCUGACCAAUCGUCUUCGGCAAGGUGGCAAUCAGUAUUUUGCCGAGAUUGUCGAACCAUUCGAUGUAGCAGCCGAUUAUUAUACAAAGGCCAUAUUCAGUGCGCCAAAAGAUAGCGUCGAACUGGCAUUAGCCCAUGCCAAUCGAGCCGCUUGCUAUUUGCGUAUGCUGGAAUUUAUGGAGGAAGGUUACCAUGACUGCGAACUGGCUUUGAAAUUCAAUUAUCCGAUGAAUAAACGUGAUAAGUUGCUGGAACGGAAGUUUUAUUUGGGCAAAAAUGUUGAAGAAAGACAAGUGGCGCUUCGGGAAAUGGAGGAGCUAGUCGAAAAAGAGAUAUUCAUGGAGAAUCAAAUGAAAUUACCGAAGCUGCGCAAGUUGCUUGAAGAUAUGCGGGUUCGAGGCGAAGAAUCAAGUAAAACAAAGCCAACGGAUGAUAUGUUCGAAAAUAAGCAAACAAUUGAAAAAUUCAACGAAUCGGUUGGACGCUAUGUCAUUGCUGGCGAAGACAUCAAAAAGAAUCAACCGAUUUACCGAGAAAAGGCGUUUGCUUUUGUGCCCGUUUACAAUGAUUAUCAUCCGGACACAAUCCCGUAUCAUUGUCAGAAUUGCGCGAAAACCAAUUGCAUUCCAUUUCCAUGCUACGCAUGUGCUCGUGCAUCCUAUUGCAGUCCAACGUGUGUCGACCAGCACAAAAGUAUCCACAAGUUUGAGUGUGCUGGUUAUCAGAAAAAUUUGUGGAUGAAAAUCGGUAUAGCUCACUUGUCAUUUCGUAAUUUUGUGAUUGGUUUUGCUGAUGCAAUCGAGCGACUUAAUCAAACCGAUGCGACCGCUGAGCAAAUAUUGGAAAAACUUACGGCAAUAAAUGAAGCAGACUUUGUGUAUGGUGAUGUACUGCGGCUGGUUACGAAUUUUGAUAAAAUGGACACAAGUGAUUGCCUACGAUACGCACUCACAGCUCAAUUGCUUGCCGUUUACUUGGAUGAAUGUACCGAUUUUUUCACGAAUUUACCACAAAAAUGCAAACAAAUCAUGCCGAAUGUGGAUGACUGGAAGAAAUUCACGGCUGCUGUUCUUAUGCGGCACAUUGGACAAUUGGUUUCAAAUGGUCACGCCAUUUCGGAUAUUGAAUUGAUGCCGCCUAGUCUUUGUGACCAUAGCUACCGCGAUACCGAAACUAUAAUGGUUCAUGAUCUUCAUCUCGUGACAUCUUCAUCUCGCAUUUUCACUGCAAUCUUCCCCAAAGUCAGUAUGCUCAAUCAUUCGUGUGACCCGAACAUCUCCAACCGUUUCAAUGGGCCAUUUCUGAGCAUUUAUGCUUCACGCGAUAUUGCCAAGGAUGAAGAGAUCUUCAAUUGUUACGGCCCAAACUACAAGCUUAUGUCGAAGGGAGAACGUCAAGCAGCACUCAAGCAACAGUAUUGCUUCGAUUGUAAAUGUGAGAAGUGCUCCAACAAUGAUCAAACAUUCAUGAAAUAUCACGAGUACAUCUGUCCGAAUGGACAGUGCCGUUCAUCAAUUGCAAUCGAUUUCCCGGAACGUCAAUGGUGGCACUAUCUGCAUGAUGACCAACUUAUGGCACAACUUAUGUCGAAAUUCAAUUGCAAAAAAUGCAAAAAAAUACUACUAUUGAAUCCACGGUCGUUGAAAGAUUUCUUCGAGGCAACCAGCACCGAGAACGAUCUCGAAUUUCAAUUUUAUCGAAAACGGCGAAAAACCGAAACGGCCGCGUCUUACUACAUGACUGUGUCCAAGUGUUUGUCAAAGUAUCACGAGUUGAAGACAGUCAUGGCACAAGCGUUGCUACGGUAUCAAAUGCAUGUUGAUCAAAAAGAAAUAUUCGCGACAUUGGCAUACAUCACCGUCGAUAACUAUGUGAUUUGUCGUGAGCGUUUCGGGCAAUUUAGUUUGGAAACGGUAAUGGCAAUAACAUAUGCUCUGAACGUGCUGCUAAUGGCCAAGGAAUUGGAGUUGGACAAAAAAAUGCAAAAGCUAUUGCCGGAAAUUGAGAAAAUCCGAAAAGUGCUCGAUGUCAAGAAGAUGGAGAAAUCGCUGACGAUCUUAUCGGAACCAAUGCAGACGAUAUUCAAAAAUGCCAUCAAAGAAAUCGACGAAACGGUGAAGCUCAACGAUCGCGUAUCAAAAUUUAAUCUAGAAAGCGAUGAUGAUCAUGACGAUACAGUGUCACUGGCAAGUGAUGAUGAUUCAAUAGAUUGAGUCAUUUUUGUUUUGCUUUACAAUGGAAAAAAUCCAUUUCUUUGACAUAAAAACAAUUAAAUAAUAAAAA